AUGGCGGCCUCAAAGCUGGUGCUGCUGCUGCUGGUUGCAGGUCUGCUGCUACAAGUGGCCACCACGCUGAAGAUCAGUGCCUUCAACAUCAGGGUGUUUGGAGACAAGAAGAUGUCCAACCAGACUGUUGCAGAUAUCAUCGUCUCUAUUUUGUCGGGGUAUGACAUCACCGUGGUGCAGGAGGUCCGGGACACCGACCUGAGCGCUGUGAAGAAGCUCAUGGACCAGCUCAACAGGGUGUCCCCACACCCGUACAGCUUUUUGGACAGCAUCCCCCUGGGUCGGAACAGCUACAAGGAGCAGUACGUCUUCAUCUACAGGUCGGACUUGGUCUCUGUGCUGGGAAGCUACUACUACGACGAUGGCUGUGAGCCCUGCGGGACCGAUACCUUCAGCAGGGAGCCCUUCAUUGUGAAGUUCUCCUCACCCACCACCCAGGUGGAAGAGUUUGUGCUGGUGCCCCUGCACGCCGAGCCCCGCAGCGCGGCGGAUGAGAUCGACGCGCUCUACGAUGUCUACAUGGACGUCGUCAACAAGUGGGCAACUAACAACAUCCUCCUCCUGGGUGACUUCAACGCCGACU